CCUGCAUCUGCACAGAUACAGAACCACAACCACCUCCAGCUUCUGUACAAGGAAAAACUGACGAAGCGCUUCAUCGCGAAGUCGAUUCACUUCCGCGAAGAGAUGAAAAACGAAAUUGAGCUGUUGAACUUGAAGCUGAAGGCAUACCAGCAGUCUGACCACAUCGAGGAGCAGAUCAAGAAAAUGAAGGCGGAAAAGUUGGAAUUGGAACAACAGAAAUCCCUGAAGGAGAAACGGUUCGCGGAGGAGGUCAGUCUACCUUUGAAACUCCAGCAGAUGACAGAAGAGUCGGUCGUGUUAGAAUCCGAGGCAAAAAAGAUGCGGGCGUUGCUGUUGGAGGAAGAAAAAUUGUUCAAGAAAGUGAGGAAGGGACUGGAGUUUUUAAACAUCGGGGUGGAUGGCAGUGGGACGAGUGUUGGCGAUAAAAAUUCGAGUAAGGAGAAAGCUGCGAAGAUUAAGGGGACGACGACCGCGAAGGAUGGUGUCGUCUCACCCGGAAGCAAAGACAGCUCUACUUCAACUGUGCAGUUGCAUCAAGGUAGUGGUGGUGGUGAUUCUAACCACGAGCACAGCUCAACGUUCACAUCCUCGCCAGGAGUAGUUUCCGGCUCCUCGAAGACCAAAACAGGAAAAAGUACAGUGACUAAAUCGGAAAACGUUUUACUUCUAAAAACCUUUCGGUUUGUUCAGGACACGAAGUAUUGCCUGAUCGCAAUUUUCUACCGGGAAGACCGGGACCAUCUGCUUCAUCAGCAAAAGGAGCAGCGUAAUGUGAAUGUCGACGGCACUGCGCUGCCUGUGGCGGUCGCGGUUUCCAACAUUGGCACAACAAACGAAAAGGAAAAUCUUGAUCUUCACGCAACAUCAGAGAUGAGUUUUGGGCAGCACCAGCAGCAGCCUCAACAGCAGCUCCACCAGCCGCAGUCCUCCAAGCUAAAUCAAAACGUCUUCA